AUGUCAGGGCGCACCAUUGGAGGUGGAAGAGUCUUAGGUAGCGGUAGAACACUUGGUCCUCCACCACCUCCUCCGAAGUCAUCCUCACCUUUGCCUGCUCACGUCUUGUCCCCUUCUGCUUCAACAUUAUCCUUGAAUACCACUGGCAGCGGUAGCUCCACUCCGCCAUCAUCCGACCCUCAAGACAUCGCCGCUCGAGUAUCACUAGAUCAUGGAGGUCCUGAUCUGUCCCUGGCUGCAGCUGCGGCUGCCGCAGGAGACCGUAUGGUCUGCCCAAUAUGCAAUGAGGAAAUGGUCACCUUAUUACAACUGAACAGACAUCUAGAUGAUGCACACAAAGAGAUAGAGGAGGACCAACAGGAUGAGGUCAAGGAUUGGUUCAAACAACAAAUGGUCAAAGCCAAGAAGUUCCAACCGUUAGCUGUCCUGAAUCAAAAAUUCAAAGGCCUGGAUGUCUUUGAAUCGAACCAUGAUAUGGUACGAAGCAGUACUCCUACCCCAAGGAACAAUUCAAUUACACGAGAGACGCACGAGUCUAGAACCGCUACUCCUCCGCCUCCGCCGCCAAAACCCGCCCCAGCGGUCAUCGACCCAGACGAUAUAAUUACGAAGCAGCAUUGGCAGAAAAGGACAGGAUUCGAUGCCUGUUCGGAUCCCACCUGCGAGAAAAGGCUAGGUGCUAGCGUAGGAAUUGUUAAUUGCCGAAAUUGUGGAAAACUCUUUUGUGACGAACACACCAUGUAUCAGAUGAAACUGUCAAGAGCAGCACAACACGAGCCCGUCCGAGGCUUGUGGUAUCGGGUCUGCGAGACAUGCUAUAAAAGCCGUGAGGGGUAUUCGGACAGACAUGGACUGGAGACGGAUAGAACAGAUACCUUUGGGUCCAUGCGACAAUCCAAAUCUGGACAGAGACAAAUGGAGGUAUCAAGACUUGAAAAGAGGCUCUCCAGACUGACGCAAUUACUUGCCAAUCCUCCCGAGGAAAUCCCUCAACAGACCACAAAUAAAAGGUGGUCUUUAUCAUGGGGUCAAAAUGAUCCGCGAAAAGCCCUCGAACAAAGCAUUGUUACUUGGCAGAAUGAUGCCGAUGUUGCCCGAUGUCCAUAUUGUCAACAAGAUUUUACUCAAUACACCUUCCGUCGACAUCAUUGCAGGACAUGUGGUAAAGUGGUUUGUGGAGAUCCAACGACAGCCUGCUCUAUUGUCCUGGGUCUCAAUGUUGCCACCACUAACAAACGCCAAUCUGUAACAGAAAAACCGUCCCCUGACAACACCGUCGCAUUGGAUGUUCGGCUUUGCAAAGAGUGCAAUCACACCAUCUUCUCCCAUCGAGACUUCCAGCAGUCACUUUCCUCCCAAACUAUUGCCCCAUUUACUCGCGCCUACAACAAUCUUGUUCAAUUUGAACGCGGCAUCCGGCUCUUGUUGCCCAAGUUUCAGAAACUACUUCAAGCACUACAAAAUCCAGAUCAACCACCAUCAUCGUCCCAAAUUGCUGAUGCGUCUCGGACUCGAAAACGAUUGAUGGAGUCCUUUACUCAAUUUGACACUGCAGCUCGGCGCAUCCGUGACAUGCCGAGUACUUCACCCACUCAGCUCAAAUUACAAAAAGCUAUCCACCAAAACGCCAGUCAAUUCCUUCACUUGCACAUGCUACCCCUCAAGUCCUUACCAAAGGUCCUCAAGCAUGCCACACCACAUGGCAAUUCAUCAUCGAAGACAGAUCCCAACAAUCCACGCUCAACUCUGUCUGUUCUCAACAAUCAACAUAUGCGGCAUGACAGCUCCUCCAAUCUCUCCGUUGCUUCAUUUGCCUCAUCUCGUGUUUCUGAACUCGAAGCGGAAGAGAAAGCUCUCCGCGAACGACUCAUCGUGCUCGAAGAGCAGAAAUUCAUGGUACAGGAAAUGAUCGCCGACGCAAACCGGCGGAGAAAGUUCGACGAGGUCGCCGCGCUAGCUGGCAACGUAGAGGAUCUAAGUACGGAAAUUGACGGCGUCCAGAAGCUCGUGGAUAACCUGCGAGGUGAGUUUGAAGGCGUCUACACAAAUGGAGGCUUGGGCAGCGGCGUCAACAGUCCCCAGAGAGCACCGAGUAACGCGGGAGCAGGAGGGACAGGGAAGUCGAAAAUGGUUGUCGAGCACGGAUGA